GAGCGGCUCCGCGGGCCGGCGGGCGGGGCGAGUCCGCAGAAGCCAUGGCCACCCUACGCGCGCUGCUGCCCUGGGUCCGUGCGCCGCUGCUCCUCCGGCCCGGCUGGCCCGCGCCGCGCCGCUUCGCCUCGGGCACUAACUUUGAGUACAUCAUCGCAGAGAAGAAGGGGAAGAACAGCACUGUGGGGCUGAUCCGACUGAACCGCCCCAAGGCACUCAAUGCACUCUGCAAUGGCCUCAUAGUCGAGCUCAACCAGGCGCUGGAGGCCUUCGAGAAGGACCCGGCUGUGGGGGCCAUUGUCCUCACAGGCGGGGAGAAGGCAUUUGCAGCUGGAGCUGAUAUCAAGGAAAUGCAGAACCACACGUUCCAGGACUGUUACUCCAGCAAGUUCUUGAGCCACUGGGACCAACUCACCCGGGUCAAGAAGCCAGUCAUAGCUGCUGUCAAUGGUUAUGCUCUUGGUGGCGGCUGUGAACUUGCCAUGAUGUGUGACAUCAUUUAUGCAGGAGAGAAAGCCCAGUUUGGGCAGCCAGAAAUCCUGAUAGGAACCAUCCCAGGUGCAGGGGGUACCCAGAGACUGACCCGCGCCGUCGGAAAGUCCUUGGCCAUGGAGAUGAUUCUCACUGGCGACCGGAUCUCAGCCCAGGAUGCCAAGCAAGCAGGUCUUGUCAGCAAAAUUUUCCCUGUUGAGACACUGGUCGAAGAAGCCAUCCAGUGCGCAGAAAAAAUUGCCAGCAAUUCUAAAAUUGUCGCAGCGAUGGCCAAAGAGUCAGUGAAUGCCGCUUUCGAGAUGACAUUAACAGAGGGAAAUAAGCUGGAGAAGAAACUCUUCUAUUCCACUUUUGCUACUGAGGACCGGAAGGAAGGGAUGGCGGCGUUCGUGGAGAAGCGGAAGGCCACCUUCAGAGACCAGUGAGCACUGGCUGCCUGUGCCUCGAAGCCUCUCUCUGAAGAGGAAAAUGUAAUCUGUCAACUUUAGAGGCAAAUAAAUCUUUCUCUUUUAAAGGGCA